GUUUGAGCCAACAUGGCGGCCUGAGGGCUGUAGUUGCGGAUACGCCCCCUGUGAGUCAGAGGGUUUCAGGAGAGCUGCUGUAAUGACAGCUCAAAGCUGUCCACGUCAACACUGAGCUACUACCAUGGACUCCGCGGCUCUGGAACCCUCGCUCUACACUGUGAAGGCUGUCUUCAUCUUAGACAACGAUGGAAACAGACUGCUUUCAAAGUACUAUGAUCCAGAACUCUACCCAUCCAUGAAAGAGCAGAAGAAUUUUGAAAUGAACAUCUUCAACAAAACACAUAAAGCUGACAAUGAAAUCUCUUUCUUAGAGGGAAUGACGAUAGUCUACAAGAGCAGCAUAGACUUGUUCUUCUAUGUAGUUGGCAGCGCUCAGGAGAAUGAGCUUAUGCUGAUGGCAGUGUUGAACUGCUUGUUUGAGUCUCUCAGUCAGAUGUUGAGGAAGAAUGUGGAGAAAAGGACUCUGUUGGAUAACAUGGAUGGAGUGUUCCUUGUGGUGGAUGAAAUCAUCGAUGGAGGGGUGAUCCUAGAGAGUGACCCCCAGCAGGUCAUUGAGAAGGUCAACUACAGGUGUGUGUCAGAACAAGCGUAUGGCUUCGUCCUUUUUGAUUACAUCACUGGUAACAUGGAGGACCAAGGAGAGAAGCGUCAGCUCCUGUAGCCCUCCUUCAGCCCCCCUCCCUCACUCCCUCUGAUUCAGAGCUGGAUAGAGACGGAGAGAGAGAGAGAGAGAGAGAGAGAGGGACGAGGGUGAGGGAGUGGGCAGGUACCUGCAUGGCAUGCACAAGCGUGUGUGAGGCUCACAAGAGGGACAGCUGUAACCCAGACGGACGAUCAAUAUUAAGAAAACAUGGCUCUGACAUCUGACCAUAAACCUUUCGCUGCGGAGUGGGAGACACUGAGUCACUUCUUUGAGUUACGCUCACAUAAACUCACUCAAUCAAUGACCGGCAUGAUUUCAGUCCACAAUUCUGAUUUAUGCUGUUAUGAGCUUUAUUUUUUACUCCAGUAAAAGGGAGGAAGACGCUAAGACCCACCUAUAAAAUAAAUGAUUGCAAAUAAGAUUUAAAUAUAUUGAAUACAAAACAGCAUAUAUUUUUUUUAUUAGUAGUAUAAGUACAACAUAUUAUAUGUGAAUACAAAUCACAUAUAGAUUUAAUUUUUGUGAUCUUUUAGUUUUAGUUUUUUUUUUAUUCAAUUUUAGUGAUGGUACUGCUUCUGUCCAUUGAUCAGCUCUAGUGCCGGGAUGUCUUCUGUGGGAAUAUAUCGUCCCACCAAUGUCCACCAAAUAAAAUAAAUGAUCAACUUUAAAUUAAAAUGUUAAAACAACAAAAAUUCAAUUAUAUAUUAUACUUAUAUUAAACUCUAAUCUUAAGAUUUAAUCUCAGACAAAUAUAUUUUUUUAAUAAAUCUUAAAAUGUAUUUUAGGCAUUUAAUUUACCUGGAAAAUUAUUUUAAUUUUUAUUUAUUAUGCUCCACUACAGUGUUUUUUUUUAAUACAAUAUGUUUUUUUUAUUAUUUUUUAAAAAUUACUUUUACUUUACCACUUACUUUUCUGUAUUAUUUUUCAUGAGUAGUAAAAUAUAUGCAU